CUAAAGUCAACUUUCAUGUUAUCUCCCGGCCGGCCUGCCUCUAUUAUAGAGAUCCCUAAUCAGUCUGGGAAUAGGGAACAAAACAUUAUUUAAAAUCUGUGCAUAGGAUACGCAUACGUGUUCGUUCUGACGUGGCGAUACGCGAAUUACAGCUGGACAGUUCAUUAGAUAUUUCAGCGGACUUCUGGAAUUUUUCUCUUACAAGGCAAGAGAAGUCAAAAUGCUGACUACAUUAUUCAUAGCACUGGCUAUAACAGCCGUGUUUGCUGGCGUACCCAGCAUAGACGAGACAAAGAGGAUGAUGGAUCACCUCUCUGACGCGGAACAUUACCGAAACGAGCACCACAACAAACAAUUUGAUCAUGAUGCAUUUUUGGGUGAAGACCAGGCUAAAUCGUUUGACCAGCUCUCUCCCGAGGAAAGUAAAAGGCGGCUUGGAGUAAUUGUCGACAAGAUAGAUGCAGACAAAGAUGGCUUUGUGUCUCUUGUUGAACUCAAGGACUGGAUCCGUUAUACUCAGAAGAGGUACAUAGAAGAGGAUGUGGACAGACACUGGAAGCAGCACAAUCCUAACAAUGAUGACCUUAUCACGUGGGAGACCUACAAGAAGAAUGUGUAUGGUUUUAUGGAGGGCAUGUCUGAGAGUGACUUGAAGAACAAUGAAGGGUUCACAUACACAAAUCUCUUGAAAAGAGACCGUAGAAGAUGGCACUAUGCUGACAGUGACAAGGACGAUUCGCUAAACAGGACGGAAUUUGGAGGUUUCCUGCAUCCCGAGGAUCACGGCAGCAUGAGGGACAUCGUCGUUCUAGAGACCUUGGAGGAUAUUGACAAGGAUAAGGACGGUAAAGUAUCACUUGAAGAGUAUAUCGGAGAUAUGUACAAGCCUGACGAGGGAGAGACGAUAGAGGACGAGCCCGACUGGGUCAAGCAGGAAAGGGAACAGUUUGCUGGCUACAGAGAUACAAAUAAGGAUGGCUUCAUGGAUGAGCACGAAGUAAAGGACUGGAUUGCACCUCCCGAGUUCGAUCACGCCGAAGCUGAAGCGAGACACCUGGUCUUCGAAGCGGAUUCGGAUGCUGACGAGAAACUCACUAAAGAAGAAAUAUUGGACAAGUACGAUCUCUUUGUUGGAUCGCAAGCCACAGACUUCGGCGAAGCACUGGCCAGACACGACGAAUUUUAAACAAUCUUAAAUAUUUUAAUAUAUAUUAUUGUUGUAAUUUUAAAGAUUAUUUUAGAUUCUCUAACAAAUAAUAAUUCCUAGGUAAUCUUUGUACCAUUCAAGGUAGCUUCUAAAACUUAAUUAUCCUUAUGUGUCUUGUUUUUUUCAUAAAGAAACUGAUCUUAUAGAUAUUUAAGAACAAAUCCUAAACUAUUUUUAUUGGUAACAAUACCCUCGCGUAAUUUUAUGCAUGAGAUUUGUUCAUGUAUUCAUUAUUGAUAAUGUUUUUAUCAAAUAGUAAGUAAUAGACUAUUUUUUUUGUAAUUUUUUUGCGUCCUUUUAUUAUUGAAUCUUUAUACUAACGAUAAUGAUAUAUCGUUUGCUUAUGCCAUAAAUUGACUACGUACACAUUUUUGCGUUAUUUUGAUAAAUAUAAAUAAAUACGUUUAUAGUUCAUGCAAAGCAUAAUUAAUUUGUUAUUAUGUUAUGCAAUUUUGCGCACAUUAAUUAUUUUUGUAAUGGCACAAAUCAACCACAGCAAUGUUCUACUUUAACAAACAAAAAUUAACAAAACAUCACCUAUAAAGAAUGUUAAAUUUUAGCUGAAAUUUAAGCUGAAAUUAUUCACGUGCCGCGUAUCUGUUAAUACAGGCUUUUUUUAAAAGGAAAAAAUAUAGGUAGGUCUAUAUGUAAAGUCAAGUUUUAUUUAUGUUAUGUGUUAUUGAGUUCAAUGCAGUUAUAUUAAUUACUAGUAAGUUGACGUGCCAAAAACAACUGUAUAAAGUUUGAACUUAAUUGCUAAAUGACGCGCAAACGCAUAGAAAUUCGAACAACAAAUAAGAACGGUUUGAUUGUAAUUCAUACGGAUUAAUUUAUGCAUGUUAACGAUGUUUUAUGCGAAAAUUAUAACAUAAAUACUUAAAAAUGUAAACGAAGUCGCGAAAUUCUCAAUGAUGGAUUAUACUUAAUAUUAAUUAGUUAAGAAUCUUAUAAAAUACCAAAGUUAUAUAUGUGAAGUGAAUUUGGAGUAAUUUUAAUAUAAAAUGAUAUAAUUCUCCCAAUUGUAUUAAUAUUGAACUUUCAAUAGCUAUUCCAGAUUUUAUGCAUUUAUAUAUUAGAACUGUAAGAAGACUAAUUUUCGAAUAUAUUUUUAGUAAAAUUAACUCAUAGUCUGUAUUUUUAUCUUAAACAAGA